AUGUCCAACACAGUCCAAGUUGGCCCGUACAACACCUUUCAAGAAGGUCAAGGUGAAAAACACGACAACGAUCAUUCACAAGUCCUGGAGACGUUGUCCAGCAAAGUGACCAAAGAAAGAUGGAAUCACCCACGAUCCAAUAUUCUGAAGAUCCUUGCAACAUUCUGGAGCUUUCUAGUCAUGGGGGCAAAUGACUCUGCAUAUGGGCCACUUCUUCCAUACCUCGAAACAUAUUACAACGUUUCUUACACAAUUGUCUCUCUCCUUUUCCUAUCCCCAGCCGUCGGCUAUAUCACCGCAGCCAUUGUCAAUGACCGGGCACAUUGUGCUAUAGGCCGACGAGGUGUCGCAUCUGUUUCAUCCGCUUGUCACGUCAUAGCCUACAUCCUGAACUGUGUUCAUCCGCCGUACCCUGUCCUGGUCGUGUCAUUUAUUUUUGCAGGUCUCGGGAAUGGACUUGCAGACUCGGCGUGGAAUGCUUGGAUCGGGAAUCUGGAUGAUGCUAAUCAGCUGCUUGGCUUACUCCACGGGUUUUAUGGUAUAGGUGCCGUGAUUAGUCCGCUCAUUGCAUCAUUCCUAGUUGCGGAUGCGGGCUUGCCGUGGUAUUACUUCUACUAUAUCAUGAUUGGCGGUGCUGUGAUUGAGCUUGUCUUCACCGUUACCUGUUUCUGGGACUCUGAUGGAGCUUCUUUCCGAGAUUCCAGAAAACAACAGCCCGACGCAGACCCCGAAAAGGGCGGAUUACGGAAGAUUCUCUUCACAAUGCCCUCUGCCCGUAUCACUUGGAUAUGCGCUGUCUUUCUUCUCGGAUAUGUCGGCAUUGAAGUCGCUCUUGGAGGCUGGAUCGUGACAUUCAUGAAAGAAGUACGACACGCCGCACCAUUCUCUAGCAGUAUGACCUCUACUGGAUUUUGGCUUGGGAUAGCAGUCGGUCGAAUUAUUCUCGGAUUCGUGACUCCUUUGAUUGGGGAAAAGAUCGCUAUCACGGCUUACAUCGCGCUCGAGAUCGUAUUUUGUAUUAUUCUUUACCAGGUUCCAAGCUUCUACGCUGGUGCAAUUGCUGUAUCCUUCCAAGGAUUCUUCCUAGGUCCUUUGUUCCCAGGAGUAGUGGUUGUCUGCACCAAACUUUUACCCAAGCACUUGCAUGUCAGCGCUAUUGGAUUUGCUGCGGCAUUUGGGGGUGCAGGUGCCGCAGUACUUCCGUUCAUUGUCGGUGUCCUCGCACAGGCAAAGGGCGUCGAAGUUUUGAUGCCGUUCAUCUUAGCACUUUCGGGCGCUAUCUUGAUUCUGUGGAAUUUCCUUCCGAGAAUCCAGAGACCUGUUAGUCCACCGACUAUCACGGGCUGUGGGGCUUGUUAG